CAUCACUCGCCGCCCACUAACCAGAGAACCAACCAACAAACAACAAAACAACAUCAUGAAAUCCUUCAUCGCAGUCCUGUGCCUGGUGGCGAGCGUGGCAGCCGGCAACGUGCGCGAGAAGCGCGGCUUCCUCAGCGGCCUGCACUCCGCCCCCGCGGUCAGCUACUCCGCUCCGUCUAUCAGCUACUCCGCCCCUGCCAUCAGCUACUCGGCGCCCGCUGUCAACUACGCUACCGCUCCUGCAGUCAGCUAUUCAGCCGCUCCUGCUGUCAGCUAUUCAGCCGCUCCUGCCGUCAGCUAUGCCACCGGUCCCUCGGUCAGCUAUGCCGCCGGACCCUCAGUCAGCUAUGCCGCCGGUCCCUCGGUCAGCUAUGCCGCCGCUCCUGCAGUCGGCUACGCCACCGCUCCUGCCCUCAGCUACAGCGCUGCGCCCGCCGCCCGCCUCGUCACCGUCAAUAAGGUGGUCAACGUAAACAGAGUGGUCAGUGUGCCUCAAGUAGUGAACGUACGCAAGGUGGUGUCGGUACCGCAGGUGGUCUCCGUCAACAAGCUGGUGCCCGCUGCCCUGGUAGUACUGUGCGUGGUGGCGUGCGCGGCGGCGGGCGCCGUGCGCGAGAAGCGCGGCUAUCUUUCCGGCCAUGGAGGUAUCGGGGGCUUCGGAGGCGGAAUCGGGGGCUUCGGGGGCGGAAUCGGGGGCUUCGGGGGAGGCUACUCCGCGCCCGCGGCGCAACUCGUCACCGUCAACAAGGUCGUCAACGUGCCCAAGGUGGUGAGCGUACCGCGGGUGGUGACCGUUAACAAGGUGGUGUCCGUGCCGCAAGUUGUAUCCGUCAACAAGCUGGUGGCGUCGCCCAGCUACUCAUCCGGCUACGGCAGCGGCUACGGUGGCAGCUACUCCAGCGGCUACGGCAGCGGAUACUCCAGCAGCUAUGGCAGCGGAUACUCCAGCGGCUACGGCAGCGGCUACGGCAGCGGCUGGUGGUGAUUACCAAAGCCCUCAGGGUUCAAAUCAGCUCCUCUAACUCGGAGUAACAAAGCAUAUUAUUUAAGAAUUUUGUUAAUAAAUUAGAUUUAUUUUUAUAA